CACGGUCUUCUCGAAAGUGACCGUGUAUACCUCUACCAUCUGAUACAGUCUUCAGGUGUGGAACCGAAGAUGCCACCCCGACGAAGAGCACCUCGAGCUUCUCUUCCCACUCCUGCCCAUUCAAAACGGGGGGAUGGCGAUGACGUAUCAGCCGCAUCGGCGGCAUCGACUCCAGUGACUCGCUCAAGGCGUAAGACGAUGAGUGACGGCGGAGGCCUUCAGACUCCUGCUAGUCUGACCGAUACAGAAGAAGUUCAAGUUCAAGUCAAGCAAGAGACGGUUAGUAGACCACAGACACGGGGCAAGAAGAGAAAAGUCAUCUCCGAUGACGAAUCUCCGUUUGAGGAUACGUCCCUCGUCACUUCCACUGCCCACAAGUACACCCUCGAGGUCGCGAUCCCCACCCGACGUUCCAGAUUAGGUCAGGUCAAGACGGAGAGCAACGAUAAUAUGACUCUCGGUUCCCCUCCAAGCAAGAGACGGCGGACAGAAAAUGGGCUUAUGAAGGAAGAGGCUAUGGUCAAUGUCGAAACGGUCGGAGCUUCGUCUUCCCGACAACAGCAGUCUCAGAGAAAGGCCGAAACAGAAGAUGAAACCGACCCACAGCAACCCUUCACUAUCGGAAAACAUGCUGCCGUCAAAAGAGCUCCGCCCGAUGCGCUUCUCUUGGACGAAGAAAAGCCAAACGGAAGGAAGAGCCGCGCCAAGGGCAAAGCAAAGCAAGUAGCGCAAAGCGAAGCAGACAC